CCAAUCAAAUGCAGACUUUGAACGUGGGUUAGGAAGUGCCGCGUUGUGAUAACUUCCCGCCUGCGAACCGGAGCCCCUUCCAACCUUGCUAAUAAUCCGAUUCAGAAUGCCAAAAUCAAAGGAAGUUGUUUCGAGUUCAUCGUCUGACAGUGAUUCAGACAGUGAAGUUGAGAAAAAGGCAAAGAGGAAGAAGCCAACACCUGAGAAGCCAGCAAAGAAACAGAAAAGUGGUGAAAGUUCUAAAGCUGGAGCCUCUAAGAGCAGUAGUGACAAAAAUGACAACAUGUUUCAGAUUGGAAAAAUGAGAUUUGUCAGUGUCAGAGACUUUAAAGGCAGAGUCUUGAUUGACAUUAGAGAGUACUGGAUGGACCAAGAAGGCGAGAUGAAGCCUGGCAAAAAGGGAAUUUCUUUAAAUCCAGAACAGUGGAACCAGCUAAAAGAGCAAAUCUCUGAAAUAGAUGAGGCGGUGAAGAGAAUAUAAAAUUGUUUUAGAAAGUGUGCUUGCUUUUUUAGAUCCCAUUAACCACAAAUUUUUACACUGGCGUAUGUUUUUUUUAAACAAAAGAAGUCUAAGAUGGACUUUUGUUUCAAGUACAUUGUGUAUAUUUGCAUUUGAA